AUGCUCCGUGCGCGCCUCAAGUCGACGCUGGCCGCGGUCGCGGCCGAGAUCCCAGCGCCUCUGAGCGCGAUCCCGACUGCUCCCGAGGUGGGUUUUGGGCCCUUCCGCUGCAGCCUCGCGUUCUUUGGCAAGGACGAUGGGCUUGGCCGCCACCAUGAGCGCUUUGACACGCUGCACAAGAUGCUCGGGCCGAUCUACAAGUUCCGCGUCUUGCCGUUCUCGCCGUACAUGGUCAGCAUCUGCGACCAGCUCUCGGUCGCGCACGUGUACCGCAAGGAAGGUCCGUUUCCGGAGCGCUUCUCGCUCGCGUGCUGGCGCCUCCAUCGCCGCGAGAAGCAGUGGCCGAUCGGCAUUGUCAACGCGCACAACCACGAAGAGUGGAAGAAGUUUCGGGCGAGCAUGAGCGAGCACAUUCUGCAGCCACACAACAUUACGACGUGGCUACCGCGGCUCAACGACGUGGCGAAGGACCUGGCGACGCGCUUGGCAGCGGACGCGGCGUCCUCCGAGCCUGUCAACGUCGCGCUCCCGCUCAAGGCGUUUGGCCUCGAGUCGGUGAGCUCGCUCGUCUUUGGGAAGCGCAUGGGGUGUCUCUCCCCCGACCCGACCACGCCCGUGCCGCCGGACGCCCAAGCGUUCAUUGAUGCGUUCUACGGCGUUUUGCACACGUCCCAGGACAUGCUCAACUUUCCGCAAGAGACGCCGGACUGGGUCUACAAGCUCCUCCCAGUGUACAAGGAGUUUGUGCAGCAUGCCGACUACAUCUUCGAUGUCGGCUCGGCGUUCGUGCUGGAAAAAAUGGCCGCACGCGACAAUUCGAUCGCCGAGCAGGACCUUCUGAGCGUCUUUCUGGCCCGGCCCGAGUUUGACCAGCGCGACGCGGUGGCCCAAGCCGUCGAUUUGCUGUUUGCAAGCGUCGACACGACCGGCACGGCGCUCCUCUGGAUCACCUACUGCCUUGCGACGGCCCCGAACGGCCGCGCGAUCCAGAUCAAGAUGCGCGACGAGGCGAAUGCGGCGCUCGCUGGCAAGAGUGACAUUGACGAUGCGGCGCUCGAGCAGCUCUCGUACAUCCGCGCCGUGGUCAAGGAGACGCUGCGACUCUACCCGGUUGCGAACCCGAACCAGCGCGUCCUCCCCAACGACUUGACGCUCCUCGGCUACAGCAUUCCGAAAGGCACCAGCGUCCUCAUGCAGACGUACACGAUGAGCCGGGACCCGACGGUGUUUGAAAACCCAAACGAGUUCAAGCCCGAGCGAUGGCUCGAGCGCGAUGGCAAGACCGCGAGCCAGCGCCAAGCGGCCGCGUACUCGACCUUGCCGUUUGGUAUGGGCGCGCGUGGCUGCGCAGGCCGGCGCCUUGCCGAGACUGAGAUGUACAUGCUCCUCGCGCACCUCGUGCGUAAGAUGGAGCUGCAGUGGCCCGAGGGCCAAGAGCACCCGGACGCGAUCAUCAAGACGUUCAUGAUGCCCAACAAGGAGUUCAAGCUCCGCCUCGUGCCGUGGUCGUCGUCGUAG